AUGAUGAUAUCUGACUUGCUCGUUGUUACAACACCAUUCGGUGUUGUUGCUGGUGAGAAGGAAGUAGUUCUUGAUUCUAAUGGGAAUCCAGUAAAGUCCACUGCUCUGUAUUUCCUCAAGGUCCAGAGUCCGGAAAGGACAUCAUGGAUUUCGCGUUACGGAAGUGGCAUAUUAAGUUUCGACCCAUGCCCAAAAAGAGUGGUAUCGGCCCCUGCUGGAAUUAUGAACCCACCUGAAGCAUUUGCAUUUGACUUAUCAUCAGAUGUGGUACGUGUAUCAACAGAGCUUAACAUCAGGUCGGUAUUAAUGCCCCCUAUCUGCCGUGAGACCGGGUAUUGGAGAGUCGAAGAUAGGUCAUCGUCAACCAAAGCUGUAGUCCUGACGGGGUCUAAGUCGAGCAAUGACAGCACCUUCACCAUCAUGAAAUCUUCCGACGGACUUUACAAGAUUUCUUUCGGCGGUGUUGACAAACCAAAGGAACUCGGUUUAGAAAAAUUAGACGACCGUGGUACAUGGGUCUUGGGUCUGGACCGACUCUGGUUCUCCUUUUGGAAUAAUUCGGAUCCUCCACUUCUAUGUCCUGAUUCUCCUUUUCAUGGGUCUUGGGUCUGGACCGACUCUGGUUCUUCCAUAAUUGUUUAG